CUCAGCGCCUGCCUUCGCGAGGCGGCCGUCCGUUUGUCGGUUUCCUUCCGUCCGCUGCUGGAGAGGGCUCACUGCCGGCCGGGGACAGAGCCGGGCACCGAGGAGGAGCGACGGGACCUGGAGGAGGAAGCGGGGAAGCGGAGGCAGCGAGGAAAGGAGGACCCCGGCAGGUGACAAGCAUGAAAUUCAGCCCAGCGCACUACUUGCUGCCUCUCUUGCCGGCGCUGGUCCUCGGCACCAGGACUAUGAAGAGCUAGAAAAGCAGCUGAAACAAGUCUUUAAGGAGCGAAGCACCAUCCUCCGUCAGCUGACAAAGACAUCAAGAGAACUUGAUGGAAUUAAAACCAACCUUCAGAAUUUGAAAAACGAUGAGAUAUCUGCUAAAACUGAUGUUCAGAAGCUUCUGGAAAUAGGUCAGAAACAAAGAGAACAAAUGAAGGCUCUCCAGGAGGCCCUGGAAAGUCAGCUUAAGGAGACAGCUGACAAAGCAGAAAAACAAGAGGCUACUAUUAACUUUCUAAAGACUGAAAUGGAAAGAAAGAGCAAAAUGAUUCGCGAUCUCCAGAAUGAGAAUAAAAGCUUGAAACACAAACUGUUGUUUGGAAACAAGCUAUGUGGCCUGCAUGCAGAAGAGUCAAAAAAAGUUCAAUCCCAGCUGAAGGAACUUCGUUAUGGGAAGAAGGAUUUAUUAUUUAAGGCCCAACAGCUUACCGAUCUGGAACAAAAAUUAGCUGUAGCGAAGAAAGAACUGGAGAAAGCGGCUCUUGACCGGGAGUCACAGCUGAAAGCAAUGAAAGAGACUGUACAACUCUGCCUCUCAACUGUUUUCCGUGAUCAGCAUCCUCCCCAUUUGAAUCCCUUCAGGCCAUAUCGAACUCAGAUAUCAGUCCCAACCAUGAUAAGUGACACGAGGACUGCAUAUGUAAGCACAACAGCCAAGCCUCAAGAAGUCACUACUGAAGUCAAUGAAACCCCGCAAAUUGAGACUACAAGGGAAGAGGUUCUACUCCGUACCCCUGACUGCGACUCUCAAAUUGUUUUUCAGGAGAGCACGGCCUGUUCUACGAAGCAUGAUGAAAAUCUUCCAAACAAUGACACUGCAGAAUCAUCACCUGUCCCACAGGAUGAACCAGUGCCUCCUUGUACUGAAUGUGAUGAGGAAAAGAAACCAGAAAAUCCAAUGACUGACACUGAAGGGACAGCAAAUAGAGAAAAAAAAUUACUGUAAAUACCAAGAAACUGUGUUAAAAAAUAUCCAUUUGCUCUUGUAUUCAUACUCUUUUUAGACCACAAGCUUGAUGGAAAUACUAAGUUUUUAAAGCAUGCAACUUUUUCACAAUUUUAUGUAACUUUAUAAAGUAGUCUACAAAUUUUCCAAAAGAUUUCAGGCCAAUUAUGAUCCUUAAGCAAUAACCUAAUUAAAAUGGAUAUCUGCAGUCACAAGUCGUCAUUGUCAUUAGUAAGUUGCCCAGUAUAAAUUGGUCUUUUUUAUAAAUCAAAUGCAAAAUAACAUUUAAUAUUUCUGGUUAAUUUGGGUAGGCAGUACUUCCCUGAUCCAGGUUUUUUUUUUGUUUUUUUUUAAUCAACUGGAGAAUAACUAAACGUUGUAGAUCCUUAACAUCCUUAGAAUACAAUUCGAAACUACAUUUUAGUCCAUGCUGGUUAACUGGAAUCACUUUCCUUAAGGUUGGAAUCUGUACUGAUCCGAAUGUAUCCUUUGUUUGAUGGCAUUCAUUGCUAUUCUCAUUAUUAUUUAGAGCCAUGUCUAACAAUGUCAGGGGUUUAGUUAAGAAAAUUCAUUAAAUACAUUUAGUAUGAUGUAGACAAAAUAUCAAGAAUGAAUGUCUAAGUUACUGACACAAUUGAUUAGAUUUUUGGCAUUCUAUAGACACACCCUUAUGGUUGUCUGCUGGAAUUACUCCAAGUUACAAAUCAAGCUCAGUGUGAAUUUAGAUAUGAAAUUGGGUAACAGAAUGUGGGAUGGGAAGAGGGGGCCAGGAUACAAACAUGCAAGCAGAUAGUAUACAUCUUAAAAUGGAGACUUGAAAGUAAAUAGCCUUAUAGAACUAAUGAACCCCAAUUUGUAUAUUUUGAAAAAAAUUAUAAUUAAUGGCUGUGGGAAUCUCUGACGUUGGGACUCUACAUAGGAAUUGUUGUUCAGGUGCUAAGUUGUGUUUGACCCUGCAAACCUACAGACUGCAGCACACUAGUGUUCCCUGUCCUUCACUAUCUCCCGGAAUUUGUUCAAAAUCAUAGAGUACCACUGAUCAAAUAAAUUCACUCUUGAAUAGUCUGCUUCCUCUCAAGCAAGAGGAAUUGAUACUGAUCAAACUUAUAGACUAAAAUUAGUGGGUUAAAUGAUGUGGUUAGGUUGUCUGCACCAAAUAUAUUCACUUCUGGUGGUUGGAUUCAUUCUGUACAAAACACAUAAAACCAUUGUUUUUUUAGAAUAGAUCUGCCAAGCCACAAUUAAUUUGGAGCACAAUAUGCUGGCAAGCUACAUAUAUAUAAAAUGAAAUCUGUAAUCAAUAGAUGAACUUAAAUUGUGGGAUGUAAUGGCCCAACUUUGAUCACAAUGACAUAUUCAAAGAAAUGCAGUGAUCUGGAGAGAUGCCAAACUAUCAUUAACAGUAAAAGUAAUACUGUGACAUAUUAAGAUAUGUCUAAGUAAUACUGUGACAUUAAGAUACGUCUAAGGUACCUAAGAAAGAUAACUAGUUUUAUAGAUGAUUUGUAGAGUCUUGGGGUGAAAUGAUCAGGACAGAAGAAGUGAUCAAGCCUGAAGUUCUUGCCGACUCCUCAGCUCUAAAAAUCAUUUGAUUCGAUGAGAUGGAAUAUUGCUAGUUUCCCAAGUCUUAUUUCUUGUAAUUUUCAUACUGUACUGAGAAACUCUUAACUAUCUCUAAAGGUUUAUGAAAGGGAAGUAGGUAAUUUAGUUUAAUUUAGGUGUACUUUCCUACUUCUCUCCCCAUGGCUCCAACUUCAAUCCUAGUUCAUAUGGAUCCUAUUGAAAGUUAAUCCCCAUUGCACUGUGUAUGUCUUGAGGAAUCUUUGAAAUAAUAAAGAGUCACUCUGGUAUUUUUCUGAAAAUUUUAGAGGGUAACACAAUGAAAGAGAAUCUGGCUUAAUAUUAAUCAACAGCUUCAUCUGUAAAUUAUUUUUUCUAUGGUCUGAAUUCCUAUUCUAGUCCAUUAAUAUAAUCAAUUUGUUUCUCUUAAUUACUGAAAUGAUCAAGUGGGCUUUAACUGAUUAUAAUGUACACAUACUUCUUUAGCAAGAGGUAGCAUUAUUCAUCCCACAGAGUUUACUGUGGUAUAUUCACUGCAUUAUUUGUUAAAAAAACAAAACUUUUGUGAUAGAAAAAUUUCAUAAACAUUUUUAAAUACUUUAGAAAUUCCUUUUAACAGUUAAUCACAGAAUUCUUUUUAGUAUGUACUAUUACUUGACUUUAUGAAUGCAUUUUAUUUAUCUCAAUCCAUUAAUUGGUUUAAAAUAGCAUCAGAGAGGUUUAAAAUGCAUUACAAAUGUGUGGCUUUUGUACAUAAGAGAGGUACCAUUUCUUAUUUUUUAAAGUAACUUCUAUAUAAACAGAUGUUAUUUUUGAGGGGCUAACAUUUGUAGCCUAGCUAUCUGCAUAUGGGGAAAAAGAAAUCAACUGAAUGUAGACUGUAGAUAGUACAGUUCUACUAGGUACUGUAAUAGUAAACAGUGAAAAAUUACAUAUGCUUUGCAGAAUGUAAAUUGGUUCCUAUUGAGAAACAAACGCAUUUUCCAAUGGAAUAACUUAAUAUAGGUACUACCACAACUAACUAUUAUUUCUAGUUAUUUUUAAAAACUAAGCAAUGCUAUAUACUCAUUCUAAGUUGGAAAUUAGUUUUGGAUUUUGUGUUUCCUUUUAUAUGCAUUAACUGUGUAAACUAGUGCCUAAAAUGUGUAAGACCUAAAUGAAAGCUGCCUAUGUCUAUCCUGUGCCAACAUUUUCAAGAUGAAAAGUGAAAAAUUAACUCACCUGGAUGUGGUUUUCUGUGUGAUCUCAAAUCUCUGAAUACAUUCUGAAUGUCCAUGACUAAUUUUUUUUCAUUCUUUAAUCCUAUAUUUAGCACUGAAGUGCUAUUUGAGCAGCAUUUGUUUCAUAAAGUAUACUGGUUUAAAAAGCUAAGACUGGGACAUUUACUGUUUUAGAUGGACAGUGUGGAUAGCUGGAUUAAAACAGUAUUUGUGAACUUUGCUAAAAUGGAAUCUUUUAUUUUUGUACCUCAGACACUAUAAUCAGCACUACUUGAAGUAGACGUUGAACUUACCUGUGACACCAGUGAGUAAGGUUAACUGGUCAGACUGAGAGACUAAUGAAAACGGCUACUUAGGGGACAUUUUCUUAGUCAUGAAUACAUUCUUAAAUUUCCCCAAACUAUUUGUUCAUCUGGGUUACAUUACAUAAUAUUGAUAGUCAAGUAGUGAAGAAUAAAAGGUAGCAGAAAAUGGCCUAUUUUUGCUCAAUAAAAGUUUGUUUUCAAGACCAUUAUGUAUAUAUCUACAUAAACUAAUUGAAAAACACAUAUUAACUUUUAAAAUAGUACUUGCUUAUGUGUUUCAUGAUCUAAGAAAUUUUUUGAAAUCUCAUCCUGGAAAUUUCUUCAAUCUCUCUUUGCCUCUGUCCAAUAAAACCCUUUUUUAGUGUUCCCCACCACCACCCUUUUUUAUAAUAGAGUUCCAUGUUGGCAGAGAUUUUUGUCUAUUUGUUUGCAAAUGAGUCUCAAGUGCUUAGAACUAUUUGCUCCAUAAAAGCUGUUCGAAUAUCUGUUGAAUGAAUGAAUUCAGAACCUGAAGCAUCCAGGGAAGAAGGAAAUAAGGUAGCAUGCUCUAGUAUAUAACAGGAAAUCAUGACAACGUCUUUUAGGAAAAGACAAUAAAUAUGUUUUUGUUUAUUUUGA